AUGACACCAUAUCCAACACCAAAAAUUUUUAUUCUUGAUAAAUAUGGUAAAGUUUCUGUAUGUAGUAUUCCACCAAAACCAAUAAAACCAUUUGAAUCAUAUUCAUUAUUUCCAAAUGGUAAUGAUGAAUUGAUUGAAUCUGCUGCUGUUUCAUCACGUUUUCUUAUUGUUUAUUCACGAAAAAAACAAGAUACCAUGACUGGUACAAUGUAUUUUUUUAAUCAUGAAUGUAAAUCUGUUUUACAAAAUGGUAUUCAUCAAAGCAUUCCAGUACAUCAUAUAUUAUGUGAUCAAAAUGCAAAUCGUCUUUAUUGUCUUGAUCGUAUGCGUUGUACAAUCUAUUAUCAUACAUUACCAAAUAAUUUAAAUGAAAUUGAAACAUGUAUGAAAACACGUCGUGAUUUUACACAAUUCAAUUCAAAUUAUGGAGCUUUUAAAAUGUUACAAAAUGAUGAGAUUUUAGGAUUUUAUGAACGAAAUGAAUGUACUGUUCAUUUGUAUGACAAAAAAACAGCAGAAAAACUUGAUGAUUUUAAAUGUGAACAUUUUAUGGAUAAAUAUGAAAGUUGGGGAAUUAUUGCUAUUCGAAAAGAUAAUAAUAGUCUUAUAUUCAAAGUGGAUGAGCGUGAUGAUCAUGAUGCUGCAAACCGUCAACAUAUUGUUUAUGAAGUUAGUCGUUCAACAAAACAAAUCAUAAGUCAAAUUCAACUUAAUUCAGUAUUUGGUAUGAUAAUUGGACCAAAUAAUGAAGUUAUUUUAGGUAUUCGUCAAACAAAAGAUAGUGGUAUUAUUCAAUGUUACAUUAGAAAAUAA